UAUAUUUAGAUCUGAAAACCAACUUUGCAAUCUCCUACUUUCAUUAUACUCUAGUUGUUAUUUUCUACUCUGACAGUGCAUUUACAUAUAGUAAGUAAAGUAGUUGUUUAUCAUAAGAGACGAAAACGUCAACUUUCUUAAAGAUUUUGUUAUAUUUCACAAAAAAUACUACACUCUUAGGACAAACAGUGACAUCGUGCGAUGAUCUUGAAACGUCAAACUUGGUGAGAAGCUGUCAAAUAUAAGAAGCCAGUUAAAAGAUAUGUUCAUCUUAUUGACGUCAAAAGAGCAUAUUAAAUUUUUCGGGACAAGACAACGCGAUUGCAAAUUUUCUAAAUAUUUGCAUUAUAAUCUCGAGGUCAUAUAUAACCUUAAACUUUGAGGGACGUUAAACCUUGGAACGAUUUUCGUAUAGUUAUCGAUCACGUUGCAGGUUAUCAUUCAACUAAACGUGUCUCCGCAAAACACACGAGAAAAGAAAGAGAAAAAAAACAUCAAUUCGCGUGUCAAAUCAAUCUAACUGUAAUAAUGAUUUAUUUACGUGACAAAGGAGAAUUCAGUGACAAUUAAUCUCAAUUUCUAGUUUGCAAGAAGCUUUUAUGACAAGUGUUGAUUAUAAACCAGUGUUUGAAAAAUGAGUUCCGUUUGGAAAAGACUACAAAGGGUGAACAAAAGAGCUGCCAAGUUUCAAUUCACGGUUUCCUAUCACGAGGUGACCCUUGAAACUACCACACGAUGGAAACCGAAUAAAUUAAGUGUUGUAUGGACGAGACGAAGUCGUAGAGUUAGUUCUGAUCCAUUAGAAUGGGAACCAAGUCUGAGCAAUCCAUUGAAAGGUGCUGUUAUUUGGUCAGUGCCAGACAAUCAUACAGUGUCUGUAACUUUAUUCAAAGACCCUAGGACUCAUGAAUUAGAGGACAAGGACUGGACCUUCGUAAUCGAAGAUGUCUCACACACAGGCAAGCGUCGUCACGUGGCUGCUGCCAAUAUAAACAUGAAAAAAUACGCGUCGCUUGAAUCUAGUCAACAACAACUUAAAUUUGAUUUAAAACCUACCUCCAAAAAAAUUGUCAGCGCCACUUUAGAAUGUACAUUGUCAUGUGUAUUUCUAAGAGAGGGCAAAGCAACGGACGAGGAUAUGCAGAGUAUGGCUAGCUUGAUGUCGGUGAAUAAUAACAGUGAUAUCGCUCCUCUCGACGAUUUUGACAACGAGGAUAUUCCAGAAGACGUUGAGGAAGUAUCGAUUAAAAAUAUGGACGAAAUACUGGAUAUUUCUGCUCAAUUAGAUCUAAUGACAAAUAGUCUUACCGAAAGUGAAUUACCCAGUACACCAAUAAGUGUGGCAAGUUUAACGAAGGACGAAACGACUCCAGUCAAUGAUCAUUAUAUUAUUCGCGAUAAUAAUUUACCGACAUUAAAUAAUUCGACGAAAGAUAUAUCAUCGCCGAAGGAAAAAAUUAUUAUCGAAAAUGUAAAAAGAAAUGAAAACAAUGUGUCCUUGAAAUUACCAUUGCGACCUUUGGAUUUAAAAAAAGGCGACAACACAGGUGUUUCGAGGUUGAAAGAAAUUACACCUGGUCAAGAUUUACUGGAAUGGUGCAAGGAAAUGACUAAAGAUUAUCCUGGAGUGAAAGUAACAAAUUUAACAACUUCUUGGCGCAAUGGAAUGGCUUUUUGUUCUAUUAUUCAUCGUUUCAGACCCGAUCUUAUAGACAUAGAUUCUUUGUUGUCGCAUGACGUGAAAGGGAAUUGCAAGAAAGCGUUCGACGCCGGGGAAAAUUUAGGAAUUCCAAAGGUUAUUGAACCAGCGGAUAUGGAUAUUUUGACAGUACCUGAUAAAUUAGCUGUGAUGACAUAUUUAUAUCAGUUGAGAGCACAUUUUACCGGUCAUGAAUUAGAGGUACAUCAAAUUGGUAAAACAACAGAUGAGUCCUCGUACAUGAUAGGACGUUUCAAUACCGACAAUAAAGCUGACGUGAGUGUUCAACUUUUUGGACAAGAAAUUAUUAAUUUACGCAAAAAGGAACAGAUUGAACAAAGAAAUAAUAAAUCAGAAAGUGGAAGAUGGUCUAAUCCAUUUGAUCAGAAGAAGGAGGAUAAUAUUGAUUCAUUGAAGAGUCGAUUGCAUUUGAGUUUAAAUACAGAUAAUCAAGAUCAUGAGAAUAACAAAGAUAAAUCACCGUCUAGUGUAAAAGAAGUAAAGGAUAUAAUUUUAGCCAGCUCGAAAAGUAUUCUCGGAAAAGUUCUUUCACCAACUAAAGAGAAAUUCGCCUCGAGAGAAAAGAGUAAAUCUCCUCCGAGAAGUGCGCAAAUACAGCAACGUCCGAUUCUUAUGACUCGGCGGCAAUUAACUGAUCCUUUCGGUAGCGAUGACGAAGAGGAAAAUAUACAGAUUGUUGAUGAUAAAAUAUCACGAUCAAUUUCUGCCUCGAAAUUAUCAACAUCUGUUCAAGAUGGAUCACCAUUUUCUCCGGACAAAGGAACUCGUGCACAAUCGGAGACGCGAGCUUUAUCGCCUUCCAAGGACGAAAAUCAUGGGCAACACCCUCUAGUUACCCGUCAUGACGAACUUAGAGAACGUGCGAGAUUGCUUUUGGAACAAGCGAGAAAUCAAUCCAAGUCUGGUCUUAGUUCUCUAGCCACGAGCCCUGUGGAGCAAAGCGAUGAAGAGAGGCAGCAGCAAUUGAGAGAACGAGCAAGACGAUUAAUUGCCGAGGCAAGACUUGGAGUCACUGUUUCGAGUAAUCAAAUUACUGAUGACAAUAACAGUGAUCGGCGAUCAACUGAUGAUCAGAAUAACAGUCCUAGAAGAAGUAUUACGCCCUCAACUCCCGGCGAUCGAAUUAGCAUUAAGUCGGAACAUAAUGGAAAUGUUUUGUCAAGUACACCAGUGUCGGACGUUGAUAAAAAAUGCUCGAGUCCACUUUAUUCAUUUUCAAAAAUUAUGGAAAGAAUUUCUCCGGAGAAAACUUAUCCCGAUGGAGGUCCCUACGUAUUGCGAGGGUUGGGAAAAGAUAUGACUUCGUAUAUUCAGAAUGAGUUGGAAGCUUUGGAAAGAGAGCAAAGUCAAAUCGAUAUUCAAGCUGCUAAACUCGAGAAGCAACUGCGAGCUGCUAUGGAAAGUGACAAUGAAGAGGAAACGGAAAGACUGAUGUCCUUGUGGUUCACUCUUGUCAAUAAGAAGAAUGCCCUCCUGAGGAGACAGAUGCAGUUGAAUAUUCUAGAAAAAGAAGACGAUUUAGAACGUAGAUUUGAACUUCUGAAUCAGGAACUCAGGAGCAUUCUUGCUGUUGAAGAGUGGCAAAAAUCAGCGGAGCAAAAAAUACGAGAGGAUUUAUUGCUCGAAGAAUUGGUUUCCAUAGUGAAUAAGAGAGACGAAUUGGUACAUCAUCUCGACACUCAAGAAAGAGCAAUUGAAGAUGACGAUGAAAUCGAACGCGAUCUUUCGAGAGCCGGUUUGGCGCAAAGAAACAGAAAUUGUGUAAUUCAAUAAGAAUAGAAAGCACACAAUUUCCUUUAGGUCCUUUUUUCAAUUACAAAGUUUUUUUCUGUUCUCAUAAAAGAGGUAUUUGCCAAAGAAAGAAAAAUAAGUUAUAAAACAAUUGCGUACUUAUUGAAACGCUUUUCAUUCGAAAUUACGUCAUUCAUUUUGCUUUCAAAAAUUGAAGCGAGAGGAAUUAAAUUAAUUUUAAAGUAGGAUUUAUUAGCGCGAUAUUUUUUUUUAUAGAAAAAUUGAAUAUCCAAAGCUUUUAAUAUUGUUUACCUGUGAAAAAUAAUUAUUGAAAAUAAUUACCUGUGAUUUCGCUUUGCAAUUUACAAUUUUCAAUUUUUGUCACAAUUUAUCUUGUUAGUAUUUCUCAAUUUCGAGAGUUAAAUUACAUUUUUAUAUAUUGAAAAUAAUUGUUUACAAAUUUAUUCGUUAAUUCAUUAUUGAAAAUUAAAAAAAAAUUGUGUAAAAACUAAAUUUUAGAAAUUAAGUUUGAUGGAAGUUUAAAAAUUCGAAGCAAAUAUUAUUGACAAAAGUUUACUUCUUGUAGCUUGUCUUCUUUAGUUUAUAAUUAAUUUCUAAGAGUGUCAAUUAUGUUUCUUUCUAUUUUCUUUUUUGAAAGAAACAAAAUUUUUCUGACACAUUAAUCGAAAUUUGAUAAUUUUUUUUCCUUUUAAACAAUCUUUGAGUAUUUUCUAGGAUACAUUUUUAGUACCUGACUGAUACUUCUAAUUGAAAUAAUUUUUUUUUAUUCUUUACUACCAGUGUCCUAGAAAGAAAAAAGAAGCUUAAAAAUCUCGACUAAUUUCACGUGUGCAUAGAAAAGAAAAAAUUUACUAUAUAAUAUCAAGUAGAAUCUUCCACAUUUUAUACUUUGAUUUCUAUAAUAAUUAUUUUCUAUCCUUUUUUACAAUUAUAAAUCGAAUUUUAAAUAAAAAGAAAGAUUAAAAAGAAAAAGAAACAAAUGAUGUCUAAAAUGAAACGUGUUCGGAAAAUUUUUUAAACAUAAGACUAAUUAGAUAAUUUUAAUUAAAAAGUAAAUUUUAUACAUCUUUUUAAUAAAAAUCAACAUUUUAUAUUUAAUAAAUCUAUUUAAAAGAAUUUCUUAAACGAAUUUAUCCGCGAUAUUUCUAUGAUCCUUUUAAAUAUGUUUUUUGAUAUUCAAUAAAUAUAAGUCUCGAAUUAACUGCGAAAAUUUAGAAAAAUCUUUCUUAAAAAUAAUCAAUUUAGAAAAUUUCGUAUUCGAUGUUGAAGAUUCUAUUCUAAAAAAAAAUAGAUAUGAUACAUGACACAAUAAUAAAAUCAACGAUAGAUAGAUAUUCACUAUUCUAUAGCAGGGCUUUCGAACUAUAAAUGUUGUAA